AUGAUCUAUAUUGAGACAGAAUUACAAGAGAGAGCCCGAGAAGAAACAUUUAGGCUAAAAAGAGUCAAACAAAAUAAACAAAAGAAAUCAGGAACUGAUAAACAAGCAAUUUGCAUUUGUGAUAAAAUUCAAGAGGAGGAAGAAGAAGAAGAUAGCAAAACGAUUUGCCCUAUUUGUUCUGCUCAUGACAUAUCAGAAGAAACACUCGCUCCUAAUUUGUCUGCGGGACAAAAAUCUCCGAAAGAUGAUGAAGACAGUAAGCGCUUACAAUAUCUCGUAGAACAUGUAGAUAAGAUAAUCGAAAGCUUAAUGAAACAAAAAGGAACAUCAAAAGACGCUGAAAAAUUAAUCGAUACAUGUAAUAUAUUUAAAGGAUCAAUAAAAAGUUUUACAAGUACGCCACAACUUCAAAUGAAAACAUCCACAGCUACUUUAUCUAGCAUAAAAAGAGAUAAUACUAACUCGAUAAUAAAAUCUGACACUGCGUGCUGUCGUCCAAAGGAGACGGAAGAAAUUGGGAAAAAUUUGAAGGAAAUUAGUCCCGUCAGAGUUACCUCUUCUGAAUAUCAUAAGCACUGUCUUGAAUCAGAUAAUCAAAUGAAGUGUGUGAUGGAGUCACAGUCCAAAACGAAUACACAAAAGAAACAACCGUGUUGUGUCAGAGAAACCGCAUCUGAAUAUCAUAAUCGUUGCCUUGAACCAGAUCCUCGAAGUAAAUGUGUAUCGGCAUCACAAUUAAAAAGCGAAGUAAAUACAAAAACGCAUUCCACGUGUCCUGUUUGUUCUAAAAAAAGUAAAUCAGUAGGGACAUUUGACGGGAAAAGUAGUACCAAAACAUGUUAUUCAGGGAAAAAGAAUGGAAUAUCUCCUAAGAAAUUCCCAGAAUUAUCAUUUAAAUCAAAUAAGCAAGAUCCUGGUAUGAUGGUAAAACCUUCUAUUUGUUCUUCACAAGAAAAACUAAAUAGAGGAGUUAAAAAAUCAGGAGCUACGGAAGCAAUAUGGAGGGAUACUUGGACUUCAACUACUGAUUUGAAAGUCAUUCCUAGUAAAUCUGCUCUAAAAGGGACAAGUAAUUCCAAAAAUGACCGUUCUACUUGUGCAAUCAAAGUAAUUGUCAAACCUUCAUCGCGAUAUAAAUCUGACGGACAAAGUAUAGGUAGUGCUUCUACAAUGUCAGAGUGUUUAACCUGUAAUUAUUCAUCUAAGACUAAAGGUUUAUCCGACAUAAAUACAUCUUUAUGUAAAAGUUGUAGAAAUAAAUCUGAAAGCAAAACUAAAAGAGGUAUAUCAGAUCCUAGUUUUUGUAGAAGAUGUCAAAUGAAUAAUAACAAAAUUAAAACUAAAACGAGCAACAAUAAAUGCCCACGUUGUGAGAAAGAAAAAACAGCUUAUAAACAUAUAUGUCCAGUUUGCCAGUCUGAUGAUUCAUCAGUGUCAGAGUUUCAAGGGAGAAUAAAUCUCAGUUCCGAUAAAUCCAAAUGUUUUGUAUGUGGAAAAGAUAAAAACGAUAAGUCUCAAACUGUAGUCGAUAGUCCUGGAAUCAAAUGUAGUAUAUUGUCAUUUAUCAAAUCAAAAAUCUUUGGGCAGGAAGGCGAAGAACUACCUUGUCCUUGUUGUGGCAUAACCAAAGCCACAGGAAAGUGUGAACACAGUUGUAAUUUUUCUAAAACAACCAAAUCUUCUGAAGAUCUGAAUACAUCAGGUUCAUUUUCCUUAUCAAAUAAGAGUUGUGGAGUUGAAACAGACCAAUGCAGAUCAUGUGGCUCGUCGAAUUCUCCAACAUACAUAUCUGAUAGCGAAAGCGAAGUUUGUUGCGGUACUCAAACUAUGACAGAUCCUACUCCAAAGCACUCUUGUAAAUUCGACGAUAAAGUGAAGGUGACUCGUAUAUCAGAGCCUGUGAGAAGUGUGACAAAUACGUUGCAGCCAUCACAAUCAACGUCUAAAAUGAGAGAUGUCGGAGUUAAUACCAAAGUUGCGGACAGGUAUGAUGUUAGACCUGUGCAUAUGAUGCCGAACUCAUCUCGUAUUAGCUGCACUUGCAAGCCCCAAAAUCCAUCAAAGGUAUGUUCCUGUAACUCGGAACCGAUCUGCAGCAGCAAACCCAAAUCUUUACGUAGAGUGAGAUCUUUGGACCGUUAAUAUUAUCACGAACAUAUGAGUAUAUAUUAAAGUGCAAGAUUCUAGAGCCGUUAGAUUAUCAGGAGGAGGUAGUCAAUAUCACAUUUUUUCAAAAUUUUGUUACUUAGCAUUGGAAGUAUUAACCUCAUUUUUUAUUAUGCCAACUAAUAAAAUAAUAUUUACAAUCAGUAUUUGGAUUUUUUGGCUAUUUCAUUUCUUACCUGACAUGGUUCUCCUCCAAGGUAUGUACAAGUUCGAAGUUAACAAAUAAUAACUUUAUUCAAUAUUACACAUCUUGCUAGACAUAGAGAGUAAGACUGGUGGCUCAGGGAUCUUGGACCGUUAUACAAUUAAAUCAAUUUAAUUAUAGCUUAAAAGAAUAAGUUUUACCAAUUACCAAAAGUUGAGUCAAUCUGUAAUGAUACAAUUAUUGUCACUUAUCGAAAUAAACAUUGAAGAUCAUCUAUUGGUAUAAUUUAUAGAUAACACCAUGAAACGACAACUUAAUAGGUUAUUGGAAUUCAAAUUAAUCUUAUUUAGGUAAUAAUAUUUUAGUUUAGAAUUAAUGUUGCAUGAUUCUAAUUGUUAUAAACGAAACAAAAUUAUGAAACCAAACAAAAAAUAAAAAUAAAAUUAUGUUUUUCUGUCAAGAAGAACGCUAUUAACAAAAGCAAGAGUUUCUUUUUUAUUACGAUACCUUGCGUGGUAGGUACAACUCAUAAGACACGGUCUAUGGUCAUUUUACUUCAUUCCCAACAUUCAUUACAAUGUUAUUUUAAUGCAUUCUUGUCAUUUACGUCGUUUGUCGUUGGCAUGCUAAUAAAACGCAAUCAAUCAAUGAAGGUAAGUUUUAACCUCAUUGGAUUCUGUCUAUAUCUGCUUCUGCAUUAUAAAUAAUUUUACUCAUUUUGCCGUUCUUAGUAUAUUAGACAUUAUUACAACUACCAUUAUUAAUUUUUAUUAUCAUACUGUCUGUGCGGAAGUAGAAGAUAAAUAAAAAAAAAACCGGUCAAGUGCGAGUCAGACUCGCGCAUCGAGGGUUCCGUACAAGCCUUUAGGUAUAUAUGUAAAAGUUGACAUAAAAGUUUGUUACAGCUCAAAAUAGAACCGAGUGAGUAUUUGAUGUGAAUUUUAAUUAAAUACAUUUAUGAGUUCAUGAAGAACGAGGUAGUGAGUUUAUAAUUAUUAAAAUUAUUUUUAAUAUACGAUGUAACUUUAAAAUUUCCUUUGUCUGUGCUAAAAGACGUUGCUUAGUACCUUUUAAGACUGAGUUCACGGGAGCUUUGAAAAUUUGUAGAAAAAUGCGGCAUAAACGGCUGUAUCUUUUGAUUGCGUUGGCUUAGAAGUUUGAUUUUUUCACAGUUCCAAGGGACAGUAGAUCUGAGUAUUUGAUAUAAAUUUCAGAUAUAAACUCCACGCGUUCCUGAGAAAAAGGGUUAAGUCAUUGCUCUUCCAACCUUUUGUUUUAACAAGGUUUGGCUAAGGCUUUUAA